CAGCUGCCAACCAUAACCUCAGAGAUUCGAAAAACGAGCUGUACCAAACCAUAAAUCAUUUUGUAAAAAUAUGGCAUUAAUGAGUUUAAGAAAUUUUGUAAAAUGUGGACAAACACUUAGCGAUACUAUUAAUUUCAAUUCAAGGAGUUUAAUAAUAUCUUCAAUAAGACAUUCAAAUCUUGCAGAAGAGUCCAAAACGCAAACACAGAGUUCAACCGAACCAGAUUCUAAUGUAGUAUCUAACCCAGAAAUUGAUAAUUUAACCAAGCAAAUUGCAGAACUCACAUCCCAAAAAGAUGAACUAUUGGAUAAAUACAAACGCUCCUUAGCAGAGACUGAAAAUAUUAGGAAAAGAUUAACUAAACAAAUAGCUGAAGCAAAAAUUUAUGGAAUCCAAAAUUUUUGCAAAGAUUUAUUAGAUGUUGCAGAUGUAUUGAGUAAAGCAACAGAGACUGUACCAAAAGAAGAAUUAAAUAAUAAUAAUCCACAUCUUAAAAGCUUAUAUGAAGGUCUGUGUAUGACUGAAUCACAAUUAAUGAAUGUAUUUAAGAGACAUGGACUUGAAAAAGUUAAUCCAUUAAAUGAAAAAUUCAAUCCAAAUUUCCAUGAAGCCCUUUUUCAGCAGGUAAAUGAGAAUUUCAUAUUCAAUUUUCUAACUUUAUUAAGAAUGAAGGGUGGGUGGAAAGUUUACAGCCCUGCUCAAAUUUUUAUACUGAUUUUCAUUUACUUUAUCUUGAUGAAUACAAAUGUGUGUUUCAUUGAUCUGAAAGAUAUAUUUUCCUUUGAAAAUAAAAAAAUUAAAUUUUUGGAAGUUUUUCAAAAUGUCCCAUAUUUUCUCAUAUUCUUAUCAGUAAUGGAUAUUUAGCCCACAUGUAGUCAAGAGGUGAAGAGUCUGCAAGUGCAGCAGUUCUUGGACUCUGUGAGGCUGGAAUUGUGGUGAUUUUGCUUUGAGAAAUAGAAAAAGUUUUCAGCAAGGGAGUUGUUUGAUUUGAUACUGCAAAUCACAUAAUGGGCUUUUAGGUCAUUUGAAUGACUUAGAUGGGAGUUAUGUCUAUAUUGACAUAAACGGUGUCACUGAGGCUGAAUAAGCCUUUGUAUUGGCAGUAUCUUAGAAUGAACUGCUCACAAGACAAGAGCUGUAUGCAGAGAUGGUAGGGUAAGGUGCAGUAAGUGUUGGAUUAAUAUUCGAUUAUGAUACAUAUGUAGGUUCAUUAAAUAUAACUUUUUAUAUGGUGUAUAAAAUUUUUUAAAUGUAGUGGAGGUUGCACAAGCAGAAACAAAAGCAAAAACACUGAUAAGUGUAAACAUUAAUUUUUGGGUAUUUUCAGGAGGUUGAAGGAAAAGAACCUGGUACAGUUGUGAUAGUCUCCAAAAUUGGAUACAAAUUACAAGAUAGGGUGAUAAGGCCAGCAUUAGUUGGAGUUUCAAAAUAAAAUUUUUGCAUUAGAUGUAUAUAAUAUAUAAGUAUGUAUUGGUCCAAUGUGAUUUUAAUUAUUUCACUAGUGACUAUAUUUACAAUAUAGUGUUAUAAUUUUUAUAAAAAUCUGCAGUAAAUGUUUAUUAUUGUU